GAGCGGGAAGAGGAACCGGCAGCGAUGGCGGCGGCGCCCAUGGAGCGCGCUCAGGGGGUGCUGGUGGCUCUUGAGGCCGCCCUGGCCUUGGAGGAGGAGGACGGCGACGUCCCGGCCCCGAUCCUUGUGGAGCAUCUGAUGGACACCCGUCGCAAGCAGAAGCUGCUCCUGGCCCAGCUGCGGGUCCUGCAGCUCCUCCUGGGGCUGGUGGAGAACCCGGGACCCCCCCUGCCCCCCCCCGGCCUGCGAGAGGCUGUCUCAGAAGCUCGGGGCCGCUGGCAGGAGCUCAAGGCCGGGUACGGGGGGGCCGUGGCCGCCCUGGGGGGGGCUCUGCCCCCAGCACUGGCCCAGCUCGAGCAGGGGCAGCGGCUGCUGCAGCGGCUGCGGGGGGCCCUGGGGGGGGCCCGACAGCGCCAGAAAAAGGAACUUCAGGCAAAGCUGCAGGAAGCACGAGGGAGACGGGAGCAGCUGCAGCAGCGAUUGGAGCAGCAGCGGCAGGAGCGGCUCAGCCAGCAGGGGGCGCUGCGGCAGCAGCGCUGGGCGGCCCAAAGGGCAGAUGCCGGCUGCCGCCUGUACCAGGUCCUGACGGGGGUCCGGGUGCUGCUGCCCCCCCCCGGGGGGGGCCCGGAGCUGGAGCUGGAGCUGCUGCCCCCCCCGGACCCCCCAGAUUCCCUCCCAAGCCUGCGCCUGCGCUGCAGUCCCCGCGGGGAGGUCCACGUCCUGGACUCCCCCUUCCCAUUGCCCCCCCCCUUGGGCCCGGGGCUCUUGGAGCUGCAGGAGCACUGCUGGGAAGGGGGCACCCUAUGGGCAGAGGUGGAGCAGCUCCAGCACAGGUUCGCCCUGGAUUGGGAUCCAUCCCUGAGGUGCCUGCGGGUGCUGGGAGCAUCUGGGACCCUCUGGAUGCUGGAGCUGGAGCCUGGGUACCCACAGAGGGGGGGGGUCCGCGUGGUGCCCCCCCCUGGGGUGGCCCCCCCGAGUCCUCCCCCCUCUGCCUGCCCCACACUGACGCAGUGGCUGGAGCUGCUGGUGAGACCCCCCCAGAAGCCCCCCAAGUAACACCCCCCCAAACAAACCU